AUGACCAAGAAGGAUUUAGAAGACAUGUUCCACCCGUAUGGAAAGAUUCUCGGCGUUUCCCUGUUGCGGGGGUUUGGAUUUGUACAAUUUGAACGUAUUGAGGAAGCCGAAGCAGCAACAGGUUAUAAGGGUCGAUUGUUUAAAGGGUAUAAAAUAGAUGUAAAUAUGGCCGUGGAGCGUCGAAACCAAAAAGCACAUCAGAGUCCCCCACGAAGGCCUUUCAGUUCCUUUGACAGAGAGGCUCGACCUCGGUCUCGUUCGCCCAAUUUCAGCCGCGAGGUACGUGAGCGAGACGUCAGGGAUAGCCGCUCCAGCCGGGACAGCUUCCGCGGCUCUGAGAGCCGAGACCGGGAUGAAUUUGAACGGCACUAUCGGCCCGCAGACGACUACUUCCGCAGAAAAGAAGAUGCUUUCAGGGACUUCAGGGAUUCUAGGAACGGACGCCGUGAACUCGAGGCGUCUAUCACAGAGGAGCGACCAGAGGAACGACGGCGCAAUGAGCUGUACAGACAGUACUACGAGGAGCUGCAGCGACGGCAGGACUCCGAGCGGCCAGUGGACUGCUCUGUCAUCGUGGUCAACAAGGCACAGAAUCGUGAGUACGCAGAGACUGUGGGGAGGAAGGUGCGAGACCUGGGGAUGGUGGUGGACCUGAUCUUCCUGAACACUGAGGUGUCACUGACUCAAGCUCUGGAAGACGUGGGCCGCUCCCGCACGCCCUUCGCCAUCAUCAUUACGCAGCAGCACCAGGUGCAUCGCUCCUGCACCGUCAACAUCUUGUUUGGAACUCCCCAAGAGCAUCGUAACAUGCCGAUGCAGGACGCCAUGAUGCUCAUUGCCCACAACUUUGACACUUACAAAGUUGAGAACCGUGACAAGGAGCGUGAGGAAAUUGCCAGGAAAGCGGCUAAAAUGGCAGACGAUGUUCUGCUCAGGGAUCCAGACCGAGAGGCUCACCCCAUCGCUGCUCUCACUCCCAUUACGCUUCUAAAUGAAAACAGAUAUGUGACUCCAGAAGAACUGGAUAUUCUCAUCGUGUAUCUGAAGGACAAACGGGCACGGCUCGUACGGUCUGCUGUAGAAGCUCUGCCAACGUCUGCUCCUGCAGCUGCCCCACAGCCCCCUGCCUCUCGUCCCCUGGCCCCGGCUCCAGGAGCUUCGUCCAGUUCCAGUAACCAGCAGGAGCUGCAGGCCAAGAUCCUCAGUCUGUUCUCCAACAGAGGAGCAGCAGGCAGCACGCCCCCUGUAGCUGCGGCGCCAGCUCCGAGCUACGGAGCUCUACCCCCUUCUCACGCCGCCCCACCCCUCAGUGCCCCAGGCCCUCACCCAUCUGCAGCUCAGGGCUAUGGGCCACUGACCAGCCGCGUCCCCCCCUCUGGCCUCAGACCCCCCAACCCGUCCUCCGGGAUUAACUUCGACAGUCCUAGUGUGCAGAAAGCUCUGGACACUCUGAUCCAGAGCGGACCGGCCCUGAACCACCUAGUGGCUCCAGGGGCCCCACAACAGCACCCCCCUCCACGGCCCCCAGGCAUGGGGCAGGUCCCUCCCCCCAUGUCCAUGUACCCUCGCCCCUACUGA